CAUGUUCUACCCCACUGUGCUGCUUGCCCUGCCACUAUGAGUCUAUGAUACGAUUGGCUAUAUAUGCUAAGGCUAGUAGCGCUGCAGGGUAGCACUUGCGCUUGUUUUUUCAGAGCUGCGAAGCGCCGAUAAGACCAGCCGCAUGCUCAUACUUGAGCUAUUCCCAUGUUCAUUUUUGCAAUCUUUAUCACCGCUAUCGCUGUCUAAUGGGCAACAUCUCUGCCUGAGAUACCAGGGGCCUAUAUAAAGUAUAAUUUUAAACAAUAGUUUCUCUUCUCCAGACAAGGAGAAAGCCUUUGAGGUUGAUAUUGGUUCAGGAGAGCGCGCAAGCAGUAAUGACAUCUAUACACCACCACCGGACUUCAAACUCCACCGAGAGCUUAAAAAUCGUCAUGUUGCAAUGAUAAGCAUUGCCGGCGUCAUUGGCACAGGACUAUUCCUCGGGACCGGGUCGGCACUCAUGAAUGGCGGUCCUCUAGGCCUUUUAUUAGGUUACAUAUUCGUUGGGUCCAUAUCUUAUUGUGUGAUGAUCACCAUCGGAGAAAUGAUCUCUUAUCUCCCAAUUGCCGGUGGUCAUAUCAAGCUUGCCGAGCGCUUUGUUGAUCCAGCAUUCUCAUUUGCAUUGGGAUGGAAUCUAUGGUACAAUUGGACGGUAACAUUGCCAGCCGAGUUGUCCGCAGCCGCUACCAUCAUAAAUUUCUGGCAUCCUGGUGUAAACAACGCAGUAUGGAUAACAAUGUGUCUCGUUGUUGCCGUCGGGAUUAACAUGAGUGGCGUUGGUGUGUAUGGUGAAACCGAGUUUAUGUUCGCCUCUAUCAAGGUUGUUACGAUUGUUGGUCUCAUCAUCUUUGGGAUCAUCCUUGACCUUGGCGGUGGCCCGAACCAUGAUCGUAUCGGAUUUCGCUACUGGAAGGACCCUGGUCCAUUUGUCCAAUUUUAUAACAUAAGUGGCAUGACAGGUCGUUUUCUAGGCUGGUCUCGUGCAGUAACGCAAGCUGCAUUCGCAUAUUCUGGGUUAGAAGUCGUGGCUAUGGCGGCUGCAGAAUCCAAGAACCCGCGCAGGAAUCUCCCCAAGGCCAUCCGUCGUGUUUAUAUCCGGAUCCUACUAUUUUAUAUUGGCGGCGUAUUUGUUAUCGGUCUCCUGGUACCUUCGAACAACCCCUUACUGAACGUAAACUCUGAUAAUGCUUCUGCGUCUCCAUUUGUAAUUGCAAUUAACCAAGCUGGCAUCAAAGGAUUACCCUCAGUGAUCAACGCCGCUUUACUGACAUCAGCCUGGUCCGCGGCUUCCAGUAACCUUUACAUUUCCUCCAGAGGCCUGCAUGGCCUCGCCGCCUCCGGCAAUGCCCCAAAGGUAUUCCUUCGUACCUCGCGGUCUGGGCUUCCCUACGUCGCAGUAGCCAUGUGUGCUUCUUUCUCUCUCCUCGCCUACAUGGCGGUCAACACGAGCUCCGGAAUGGUCUUCACGUGGUUCUCUAGCAUGUGUGCCACUGCGGGCCUCACGACCUGGUUCGGCAUCGGUGUCAUCUAUCUGCGCUUCCGCAAAGGCUUCCUCGCGCAGGGGCACAAGAUGAGUGAGCUCCCGUACUCCUCUCGGCUUCAGCCCUUCGCCGCCUGGUGGGCCAUCGGCGCAUCGCUUGUGACGUUGUUGUUCAGUGCAUGGGAGGUAUUCCUGAGAGAUAAUUGGUCAACAGCAACUUUCAUGACAAAUUAUCUGCCCAUGAUGCUUUUCCCUGUUUUAUAUGUUGGCGCCAAAAUCUGGAAGCGAGUCCCUAUUAUCAAGCCGAACGAAAUGGACUUCCACUCUGGCAUCGCAGAAAUCGAGGCAAUGACGUAGGACUCUUUUAUUUGCUUGUGAAGUAUAAACCAGGCUGAGAUGCUUGUCACAGGCGUGCAGACGUGCUCCCGAGGAAUAUCGUGGAGGCAUUUUGGAUGAAGCUUGUGAGUUCUCUUUCGGUGAUGGUGGCCAUUGGCUGGUU